AUGACUGCCCAGUCCAAACCAAUACCAGCCCUAUACGUGGUCUACAUCCUCCGCAGCACGGUCCGCCGUGCCUCGCUGUACAUCGGAUCUACGCCCCACCCCCCGCGACGCCUGAACCAGCACAACGGCAAGGCCAAGGGCGGCGCGGCGCGGACGUCACGCGACAGCCUGCGGCCAUGGGAGAUGGUGGGCGUGGUGUCUGGCUUCCCAAGCAUGGUGGGCGCCUUGAAGUUUGAAUGGGCCCUAAACAACCCGCACCUAUCGCUGCACAUCUCCCCGGAGGACCGCCUCACGGUCUCGACGCAGCGCAAGCGCAAUGGCCGGCCCAAGCGGCCGCCGCACACCAUCUCGUCCAUCCUCUCGAACCUGCACCUCCUGCUCCGCGUGCCCAGCUUCGCGAGGUGGCCUCUGACGCUGCGCCUGUUCGACCGGGAGGUGCACGCGCGGUGGGCCGGUUAUCUCGCCGGCGCAGGGGUGGAGCCGCUGCGGUCGACGUUGGAGGUCGUCACGGACUUCAAGCCUGCUGCCGUCGUGGAGGCUGAGGCCAGGAGGAAAGAAGCAGCGCGGCGGAGUGUAAUUGAGGACCUGGACGAGGAUAAAGACGGCGGAGAGGACGAGGAAGAGCCCGAGGGGCCGAAGUGGGGAGUCCAUGCCCUCCCUCUCGAUUACGCGCCGCUGGGCCCGUAUCUUGAGAAGGGGCAGAACGUUACCACUUUCGAGCGUGAGGGAAACUGCGUCGUCUGCCUCCAACACCUCGAUCACGACAAGGGCUUAUAUGCAAUGUGUUCCAACGGCGAGUGCGAAGGCAUGGGCCACGUGGACUGCUGGAGUCGGCACCUACUGCAGGGCGAAGACAACGGGAUGGUACUGCCUGUGGACGGUCGUUGCCCGAAGUGCGAUGGCACGGUGAGAUGGGGAGACAUGAUGAGGGAGCUUACACUUCGAGUAAGGGGUCAGAAGGAAGUGGAAAAGGUCUUGAAGAGUAGUAGGCGUGCUGCUGGCGUGACCAAGUCGAAGGCCAAAAGAAAAGUCAAGGCUAAGUCUGAUGCUUGA